AUCCUACUUUUAGAUUUUCUUGCAUUGCAGUAUCCGUAUCCUAUCAUAUUCGUGUCCUGUAUCGGCAUCCAUGCUUCAUAACAAGCCGCUUAAUACUAGAAAUCCCAGAAUUGCAGCAGAAGCCAACUUCUAAUUUUUGCUUAUAAAGAUCACUGAUUUCGCUGAUGAAUCUAGUGUUGACAAUGCGUUUGCAUGAUAUGGAGAACUAAAGCAUUUCUUUGGAACAUACCAGAUUCACUAUGAAUCACAAGGAAGAAAACUAGCUAGUUCUAAAAUAACUCAAAAGCUACAAGACAUUUGGCACCAUCAGUGUCAGGAAUUUCAAAGAAAAUUCAAGAAACUAUUGACGAAGAAGAUGACAAGUUCCCUUAAUAGACAGCUAAUAGUGGCCUAAUCCGAUAGAUUGCACUAACAGAGGGAGGUGAUCUUUCUAUUAAUCAUCACUAGUAACAGCAAUUGAAGCCUUUUUAUCUUAUUGCACUAUACCUACUUAUUUUCCUUUUUUGACAAAUUCGAAAGUUUAGUCGCAUUAUCGUCGAUUCAGCUGCCUAUAUUUGGGAGCCAAUUCCGAUGUCCAUGGUAAGUACCAUAAUUGAUUAGAAGACUCAAACAGACGAAAACCUACUGAUACCUGUCACAACAUGACACUGAAACCAUUUUACGCAUCCAUAAACAUGACAGAAUAGACAAGAAUGGUGAAAGCUAAUGGAACCACGUUGAUUUGGUCUCUUUAUGGGGAAAGCAGUUGCUUGAUCACAUUAUUAUGGUGGGAUUAUCUGAAAUCCUUGUACUAUUCUAGCUUCCCUAUGCAAAGGUGUGAUAGACAGCAUUGGUAAUACCUCAACCCACAAAAGAUGUUGGUUCAACAACAAGCAUCGCAUUUGAGUUGUUGCGAUAAGACCAUUCUCCACAACUAGAUGCACCCAUGCCUAGCAAGUGUGUUCUACUAGGGUCACCUAAGCUCAGUGGCAAACGCAAUAAGUUUGAUAAGAGGGGCCUGGGCAAAGUGGAGGUAUUCUUCUAAUUACAGCAAUACGAUGUAUCAAGUUGAAUGCCAAAUACGGAUCACUUUAGUCGAUACACUGUAUUAAAUCUUUAUAGCAUAAAAGGUUGCAGAAGGCUUCUUGGUAAUCUUAUUUAAUGAGGGAGGGUCAGUAUAAAAAUGCGUUGUUGUGGAGGGGACAAUAUACCAAUUCUUUUCAAAAUAAGUAAUACCAACAUCCGCAUAUAGUAUAUUUUAUGGUUUUAACAACUUUGUGGGCCUCGUCUCCCUUAAUUACACAAAGACUAAAGUUUUUGGUUUUCACUUUUUUUUAAGUCUAAACCAAUAGCUAAGUUUUUUUUUUUUGGAUCAGCAAAUUUUUUUAUUAAUCUCCGAAUUCAAAAAUUACAAAGAUUAAAAGGACAAGGGCAUAAUGAAAUUAAAAUUACUUAAUCUCCAAAGGUACCCAAGAAAACCAAUAGCUAAGUUGGCAAAAAUGCAGUCUCCACUUUGGUGCUUGGGAUGCAACUUCAUAUCUACCCACUUCCUAUAUGUCAUGGGAUGGCGUGUAUAUAACCGGUUCCUCUCCCUCUCAACUUCCCAACAAGAUAGUGAUACCCAAUCCAUGAAAAAAGGGUAAAGAGUAGAAAUAAACAUUUAGCCAUGAGUUCCACUGUGAUUACUAUUCCAAAUGAAGAUGGGAUUAGUCCUAACCAGAAGAAGAAAUCUCAAUUUGCUCAAUUUGCUCUUUCUUUUAGUGUUUCUUCUCUUAUAGCAAAACAAAGCAAGUAUGACAAAAGAAAAGUCCUUCACAGUAUCAAAGUUGGAAUUGCCUUGGUUUUGGUUUCGCUGCUUUAUCUCCUCGAUCCAAUGUAUGAGGAAGUUGGGGACAAUGCCAUGUGGGCUAUCAUGACUGUUGUUGUGAUUUUCGAGUUUACCGCAGGUGCCACACUUGGAAAGGGUUUGCUUCGCGGUACUGGAACACUAUUAGGUGGUGGUUUGGGAUGUUUGGUGGCGAUUUUAGCUGAUGAAUUUGACAGGAUUGGCAAUAACAUUGUUGUGGGCACUUCUGUCUUUCUUUUUGGCGCAGCAGUAACAUACUGUCGAUUGGUUCCAAGCAUUAAGAGGAGAUAUGACUAUGGAGCCAUGAUUUUCAUACUUACCUUCAAUCUGGUUGUGGUAUCUGGUUUUCGGCCUGAUAAUAAGAUCAUUGAACUAGCCCGUGAACGUCUCUCAACCAUUGGCAUGGGGUUCGCAAUCUGCAUUUUGACAAGCUUAUUCAUCUUUCCAAACUGGGCUAGUGAUGAACUUCAUUACUCCAUGUCCUCUAAGUUCGAAAAGCUUGGUAUCUGCAUUGAAGGUUGCUUGGAGGAGUACUUUACACAAGACAAUGAGAAAGAAACCCAGGCCAAAGCCUAUUUUGCUGAUUGCAGAUCAGUGUUAUACUCAAAGUCCAAUGAUGACUCUCUGGCAAAUUUUGCAAGAUGGGAACCAUGGCAUGGAAAAUUCGGGCUUUCUUAUCCCUGGGAUAAGUACCUACAAAUCGGAGAUGUUCUUCGGGAGCUUUCUGCUAUAAUCAUAUCCCUAAGAGGAUGUCUUCAAUCUCCUAGACAGCCGUCAACAACUACAAGGCACUCAAUUAUGGAACCAUGCAAAACAGUCGGCUUGCAUCUUGCAUGGACUCUGGGAGAGCUUGGAGAGAGUAUCAAGAAAAUGGAGAGGUGCCCGCCUAAGGCCUUGGUGGCAUCAAAAUUGCAGUCUAUGAAACUAGAGCUUAGCCUAAUUGCUUCUCCUUCCAAACUAGGAGCAGUGGACAAUGGUGAAGGACUUGCUAUGGCUAGCUUUGUGUUCUUGUUGAUGGAAAUACUAGAAAAAGUGGAAGAAUUGGCAAAAGAGGUUGACGAACUUGGGGAACUUGCUGGGUUUCAAACUAAAUAGCAUAUAAGCAUACCAUGUUGUAUAUGACCAUCAGAGCCAAUUUGCUUGGCAAGGUAAAUAUGCAUAUAUGCACUAAAAAAUAAGUAAAGAACAAGAAGGAUUACCCUUGAGGAGUGCUAAGAAGAAAAAGGGUUUUGUAUUGACGUGGCAUUAAAAAAUAUGUACUACAUGUAAAACUGAGGGUACUGCAUCUAUAAGCAGUUAACCACUGAUGAUACUACCUCAGAAAGACUUUCUGCAAACUAUAGCCGGCAUUCUCUCGGCAUAUUACCAAGAGAGGGAUUCUAUUUGUCAAUUCCAGAACUUGGGGUGUUCUAAAUUUGAAUUGUAAUACAUUAUGAAUCGAUUUUCUGA